UUGUGGUCUGUGUUUUCUUUUGGUCUACGUGCGUGCACAGGAGACGCAUUUAUUUUGUAAAAAUAACCCGUUCAGUGAAGUUCUUUUCUUUUCUGUUAUUAAAUUUUAUUUAAAGUACCUAAACGAUAUCAGUUAAUUUUAUUUUUAAAAGAAUAAAUAUAUAAAGUUGAAAAAAUGGUUGACAAAAUCGAUAUGGCUCUAGACGACAUAAUAAAAGCCAGCAAGAAAGGAAGAAGCGGAGGUGGAGCAGGCAGAAAAUUUGACGUAAAAAAGCCUGGUCGUGGAGGUGGUGGAGGUUUUCGUAACGGGCGUACUGGUGGUGCCAUUCUACGUGGUCGAAAUCGUGGCGGGGUGUCUAAACCUGCUAAUUAUACAAGGGACAACCUAUUUCAGGGUGAUGUGAACAGCACAUGGAAACAUGACAUGUUUAGUGACUUCAGUGAUAGGAAGAUACAGAGGAAUGCGCCCAUCUCAACUGGGCCCACUAAACUUCUCGUCUCCAAUUUGGAUUUUGGAGUUUCAGACUCUGAUAUCCAAGAGCUAUUUUCAGAGUUUGGCAUGCUCAAAAGUGCUGCAGUUCAUUACGACAGAUCUGGAAGAUCAUUAGGUACGGCAGAUGUCCUCUUUGAAAGAAGAGCAGAUGCUUUGAAAGCUAUGAAACAAUACAAUGGAGUGCCACUUGAUGGACGUGCAAUGAAUAUUCAACUCGCCACAUCAGAAAUCAGCACCUUUAGGAGUGAAGAAAGAAGUAGACCUGUUGGAGGGCGACCUGUCAGAAGGAAUUCCAGCAGAGGUGGUGGAACCAGACCCCAAGUGGCGGCAGGCGGCGGGCGGGGAGGUGCGCGGCGCGGGGGGCGGGGGGGUGCCGGUCGCGGCCGACGGCCGGUGCCUACUGCAGAACAACUAGAUGCAGAACUCGAUGCUUAUGUUAAAGAAAUAAAGUGAUAGAAGCUUUACCUAGACUAAUCACAUACCUAAUACUAAGAUUAAUGUAAUGAGUACUUCUGAAAGAAUUUUUGGUUUUGUUACCUAUUGCCAAAAUAUUUGACAACAUCAAUGAAGAUUGGUGGAAUUGUUUGAUGAUAUUUUUAAAUAUAAUAAGGACAUCA